CACCUGUCCAUCUCGUUAGACACCCCCAAGACGGUUUGGAGUGUUGGCCUAACCCUCUAUGAAGGAUGCCGUGACUUGUGUGGCGCGCGGCAACAUGCUCGUCCCGAGCAAAACCCCUCUCGGCACGAGUUGUAGCGAUGGCUGAAGGAACGACGGGCGGCCGGAUGAAAUGUCGGGUGACAAGACGGGUCGUACAUAUAUCGACGGCAGAGUCGCAGGGCUUGUACCUUAGGAUUUGUCUGUUGUGAGCAUUGAGUGUUGGUACCUUUACAUAUUGAAGCACAGCAUCAACGACCGGCCCAAAGCAGUACCUUCAUUAACAUCAACAACAAGUAAUCUCCCCUUACGACCCAAAUCCCCAACUCAACAAUGCCGAUAUCCUUCCUCGACCUCCCCCGCGAACUCCGCGACCAAAUCUAUGACGCUCUAUGGGUAUCCACACCCAAAAUCUCCCUCCUAGACCACCCCUCCAUGGGCCGCAUCAUCACCUGCUAUAAAUCCCUCCUUACCCCUGAAGCCGCUCUCCCGCUAUGGCUCCUCACCUCCAAGCAAAUCCUCUCAGAAGCAACCGAACAAAUGAUUCGGCACGGAACCUGGACCGUCCGACUACGCAGCGAAUACGACGAGCAACGUGCUGGCAAGGUCUUGUCACCAGUCCUGGCGAGGCGAUUGACGGUAACGCUCACACAUCCGCUCGAAGGCCCGAGGCCGCGGUGGCCGCACGUCAUUCAGGAAGCAACCCUUCGGCCGUCGAAAGAGAACGUCGAGUGUCUAGCUCGCGUGAUGUCUCAAGUCUCUUCCACGAACAACGCGCGAGACGUCCGCCUAGUCCUCGAGCUCGUGCGAGAAGAGCCAAAUGCACGGAUCGACCUGUCACCAUUGGAGGUUGCGAGCUGCUUGAAGCCUGGUCUGCAGAAAUUGGAAGUUGUGGUUUUGAGGGAGCAGAUUUACCGGACGUAUAGCGCAGCGUUUGUUGAGACCAUCGGUGCGGAGGUUAAGAGGGUGGGAAACAAGGUUAUGGGAAGUGAUGAGGAUCCAAGCAUCGGUGGGUUCUUCCAAGACAGAGGGUUUGUGUACGCGUUCAAGAAGCCAGGAGAGAUGGAGCUGUGCCGGGUCGACUCAGCGGUUGGUGGAGUAGGAUGCUGAGGCAUGCCGAUAAGAUGGCAAAUAAUGGAAUAACGUGAGUGCAGCUGUAGAUGAUGGGUUAUGUUAGAUCUUGAACAUGCGAGAUCUGGCGUCAAUCAUAGCAUAGUAGUCCUACGUCAGUUCAACUGGUGGGUGUAAGAGUUGUGCUGAUCUGC